UGUUUGUGAUGUUACACACCCAAACCCUCACCCCUCUUCUCUCUUUCUCUUUCUCGUUCAGACUCUCUCCUCUUGUGUUCUCUAUCUAUCUAAUCUUAUACCCUGCAAUUAGCAAACCCUACACACCUGUCUCUCUCUGAAUCUCGGAACCCUAGCUCCUCCCAUUCCCUUCGCCCUUCGCCUUCCAAACCACUCCUCACAAUCUUCUUCAUCUUCUUCUUAAUCUUCAUCUUCGUCUUCAUACUCUUCUUCUCUUUCUCGUUCUUCUUCCGUUCUUUCUGGAUCUCUCUGUUCACCUUCGAAUUCCACCAAUUUCGAGCUCCACCAAACAUGGGCGACGGCAAGGUCAAUCUCCCCGACGAUCUCUUCUCCUCCAAGCCCUCCGAUUCCAAAGAUGAAGCAUCCGCAGUACAUGGCACGGAGAAAGGGAUUGCUGGGCUACUUGAUGAUUCGAAAGAUCAAGUUUCAUCGGACAGCAGCAUCCCAUUAUCCCCGCAGUGGCUUUAUUCCAAACCUGUUGACUCAAAAGCAACUGCCAACCCAGUGGGGGCGAACCCCACUGAUCCCAUACUGAAAGAUAGUUGGCGUUUGGAGGGUUCUCAAGACAAGAAAGAUUGGAGGAGGACUGCUCCAGAUGUUGACAUAAGUCGUCGCUGGCGUGAGGAGGAGAGAGAAACAAGCUACGUCAACCUCAGAGAACCGAUCCUUGCCUGCUGAUCGCUGGCAUGAUGGCCGUGGUUCUGGUCAUGACUCUCGGAGAGAGAACAAGUGGUCAUCAAGAUGGGGUCCUGAAGACAAAGAAAAGGAUUCUCGAAUUGAGAAAAGGAAUGAUGUUGAGAAGGAAGAUGGUCAUGCAGAGAAACAGUCUUCUGGUGUUAGCAAUCGACAAGGGUCUGAUCGUGACACAGAUUCUCGUGAUAAAUGGAGACCACGUCAUCGAUUGGAAGCUCAAGCAGCUGGUGUGGCCACAUACCGUGCUGCACCUGGAUUUGGGAUGGAUAAAGGACGUACAGAGGGAACAAAUGUGCGAUUUUCACCUGGAAGAGGAAGGGCAAAUAUAAAUGGAAAUCUGCAAAUUGGAAGGCCUCCCUUGGGAUCUAGUGUGGGCUCUGCACUUGUGGAUAAGAAUAGAACUAUACUGGGGAAGUCUAGCCUUGGUGUCGAGUCCUAUUACUAUCCCAGGGGUAAGAUUCUUGACAUAUAUCGCAAGCAAAAGAUUGAUCCAACUUUUGACAGUAUGCCUCCUGAGUUGGAGCAUACUUCACCCAUAACUCAACUGGAUUCUGUAGAGCCAUUAGCAUUUGUUGCUCCUGCUGCUGAAGAAGAGGCUGUCCUUAAGGAUAUAUGGAAUGGAAAAAUUACUAGUAGUGAAGUUUCGGGAUACUCAUUUAGAGGAAAGGAUGGAGGGUUGAAUGAUGAUAUUUCAGGUCCUGGUACAGCCUUAAGUGAAAGAAAACAAACUUUAAUUGACGGUGGUGGAAAGGUUAUCUCGGGAAUUGAAAUCUCAAAUGAUUCUGAUCAAAUUGCUGGUUCAUCUAGAAAUGCAGUUAAUGAUGUUGCAACUUUCCAACUAGGCAAGCAGAAACAUAUGUCAUCAGCUGUUGUGCAUGGGAGAGUGGAGAAUUCUGACAACAAUAACAGGGAGGGAAGUAUCACCAUAAACAAAGUUGUUGAAUCAGAAACCUUCGAUGGCGAUAAGGGGCAUACCAAUCAUGGUGUUGAUUCAUUUUCUACAUCAGAACUCAAUAAUAACCUGCCUGAUGCAUUUGGAUUUUCGCCUCUUGAGCAAAAUCCAAGUAUUAAUCAACAGGACCUGAAAUUUAAUGAGAAUGCAUAUUCUUAUGAAAUUGCUGCUGUUCCUGAGGAGUUAAGUUUGUGCUAUCUGGACCCUCAAGGGGCAAUUCAAGGACCAUUUCUUGGGAUUGAUAUAAUUUUGUGGUUUGAACAAGGGUUUUUUGGGUUGGACCUACCAGUUCGCUUGUCAGAUGCACCUGAAGGUUCACCUUUUCAAGAACUUGGUGAUGUCAUGCCUCACCUGAAAGGAAAAUCAGGAUUCAGUUCUGGUACGAACCUGGUGGCUCAAUCAGAAUCAUCAGAUGCCAUUCAAAGGAACCUAAAAGUAGAUGUGCCUAAUUUUGACUUCAAUGGGUCAGCUGUUAAUGAUGAUCAACUUUGGUCUUUAUCCCGUCCGGAUGUUAGCGCGUGUGUUGGUGUUCAGUCUCAAAUACGUAGUCAAAAUUAUCGCUCUGAGGUCCAAUUUUCUGACGAUCAGGCGUUCAGUAAUAUUGUUGCGCCAGAGGAGGAUAUGUCAUUAUCUAAAUUUGCUGGAAGCAGCAAUGACAACCCUUUGAUGAGGCCUGUGGAUGUUGCUUCUUCAUAUCCUCAUCCUAACAAACCUGUCAACAAUGAUGUUUUGGGGAGUGAUGCUCAUAAUGAGUCUGAUAAGUUGCAUCCAUUUGGUUUAUUGAUGUCUGAACUCAGAGAUGGUACUCAUUUAAGGCGUGCACAAUCUUCCAAUAGUUCUUUGAGAUUGGGCGAUCAGGGUCACUUUGUAGAUCCAUUAAUUGAUCGGGAUGCUCCUUUUGCUGAUCAAAGCUCUAUUGGGGGAAUGAUUAAUCAGUCAUCUCUCCGGGAUACAUGGCCUGAUGAAUAUGGGAUGAAUAGGCCUUUUAACCCUAAUAUGCAUGUAGGUUCAUUGGAAGACCAGUUCAUGUCCCAUAUGGGGCAACACUUUAAUAAUUUUGAUGCACCUGAGCGGAUGAUACUGCAGAAGCUGCAGAAGGAACGCUUGCAGCAGCAGGCUACUGUAUCUAAUCAUUUUCCUGCACAUCUUACUGGGUCUGAUUUAGAGAGAUUUCCAGGUUUUCCUCACACUCAAAGCAAAAACCCCAAUAUCCAGCAAAUGAUGCAGAACUCGGGGUCAGAUUUUGAACGUCUUCUGGAACUUCAGAUCCAGCAACGCCAACUUGAGCUUCAACAGCAACAAGAUAUGCAUCAUCAACAAUUGCUUCAACAGCAUAUGAAGCUACAACCCCAGCAACAGGCCCAAGUUCAGCAAAUGCUGCUUGAACAGCUUUUGCAUCAACAAAUCUCUGAUCCCAAUUUUGGGCAGUCAAAGCAUGAUCUUUCUAGGGAUAACAUGAUGGAUCAGGUACAAUUGAGGAGAUUUCUGAAUGACAUGCAGCAGAAUUCACAUUCUUUAAGACACAUUGAUCCAUCAGUGGAACAGAUUAUCCAAGCAAAUAUGGGCCUCAAUACUGUCCAAGGGAGGCAAGCUGAUUUAUCAGACCUUUUGUUGCAAGCGAGGCAUGGGAGUAUCAUGCCUUCUGAGCAACAGCUUCAUUUUCAGCAAGAUCAGCUGCAGGCACAGCACCAGAUGUCAAUGGCUCUUAGACAGCAGCUAGGAUUGGAAGGGGAAAGACAUUUUGGUAGGUCUUGGUCAAUCAAUGAAACAGGGCAGUUGGUAAGAAAUCCACCAACCCAUCAACUUGAUACUAAUCCAAUGAUGUUUGAGAGGUCUGCACCUAUUUCUGUCCAUGGAAGGGAGUUACAAGAUCGUCGUCGUUAUAUGCACCCAACUGAUCCACUGGGUUCUUUAUCUUCUCACCACCUACAAUCAUCUGAUGAUAUUUAUGGUCAUCACUCAGAUGCAUUCAAGAGUUCCCUCUCUGGCAACAAUGGACAUGUUGAGAACAGCUGGAUUGACCCACGGAUGCAGCUGCAACACCUUGAAGCUAUGAGGCAGAGGAGGGAGUUAGGGGAUACCAUUGUAUCAACAGAUUUGAACAUUUCUGCAUCUGUGGGAGCUCAUGAAGAGAGUUCAGCACAUGGUUAUAUGGACAUACUUAAUCAAAAACUGGGCCUUCAUUCUGCCCAACCUUCAACUGUUGAUAAGUGGCAUCCUCUUUCAUCAAUAAGUCAUGAAAAAUCUUGGCAAGUAUCUGAGGCUGGCUCAAUAAUUCAUCCUUUUGAGAUUCCACCUGAUCAGCAAGUCCAUAUUAAUGAUCCAUUUUUAGAAAUGGCUUCGAGUGCUAAAUCCAAUUCCCUACUGAAUGAUCAUUUAGCCAACAUGCACAUUACUGAGCAAUACAAUAAUAUAGGGAAUACUGAGAGAAUGCCUCUUCGGUCUAGAUCUGGAUCAUUACUGGAAGAGCAAUCUCUGUUAUCUGGUAAUAAGGAUACUUUAAAUCCCAAUUACAGAAUUCCUCUCAUGAUGGGUAAAUCUAUGGAAAAAGAUUUACUUGAGUUGGAGACAAAUAAGGGGCAGAGGCAUGAAUUUGUAGGUGGCACAAUGAGCAAGUCUAUUCCUGGGAUGUUAGACUUGUCCGAUCAAGUGGAGAGUACGAUGAAUUCCAUGGAACUGCCUGUUAUGGCCCAUAGUAGACAUAGCUCACUAAGCAGUGCAGGAGGUGACGGGGGCUCAUUUGGUCGUGAUAUGGGUUUGAAUAACUCACGUGCAGAUGAGGUUUCUAGUGACAGAAUCGCUAGUUCAACGAAACAGUUUGAUAAUGCUUUCCAUAAGCGACCCCAUGUAUCUCGUGUUUUAUCCUCCCCUGAUGUUCAGUCAGACCAACCAACUGGAUCCCAUACUAACCCGAACAAUAUAAUGAAUGCUGCAUCUGGUGAAGGACGACGAGAACCAUCUGGAAAUUCGUCAAUGAGUAGCAUGAUGGAUGCUCAGGCUUCUGCAAAGAAAGAAGUUCGAUUUAGAACUUCUUCCUUCAGUGAAGGUGCUGUGGCGGAAACAUCUUUUAUAGACAUGCUUAAAAAGCCUGUUCUUCCUGAGGUGGAUGCACAUGCAGCCAGUGGAGGUGCCACCGAGCCAUCUGAUGGUGGGUUCCAGGCAGCGCGAAGCGGCAAGAAGAAAGGAAAGAAAGGGAAGCAGAUUGAUCCUUCUCUACUUGGUUUCAAGGUCUCCAGCAACCGGAUCAUGAUGGGUGAGAUUCAACGCCCUGAUGAUUGAUACUUUAUUGCUUGCAGAUGUAGAUUAGUUUGUAAAUUUUUUCAAUUCUAUUUUCUUCGAAAUAGUUUUUCCUUUCUUUUUUUAUUUGGGAGGGGUUUUUAGGGUUUUAUGGUGUACAGGCCGUUAUAUAGCAUAGCUAUAAUAUUCAAUACAUCUGUUUUUACGAUAGGUGCAAUAGAUAUUUGUAUUUGAAAUCCCGUUUGGCGAUGACUAGUGUGUACAGUCUGAUGAGUGUAUAUUCGAGGAAGCUAUGCAUUCUCGUAUGACGGAUGGUUCAGCGAUUUUUGCGGGACAGUAGAAUUAAUGACAACUAAUUACUUUCUUAA